AGCGCUCCAUUUCCACUAGCUCAUCGCAGGGAGCUCCCAGGGUAGGUGCAGAGUUGGGGGAUGAUGGAUGCGUGGGGGGCGUGGAAGGGGGGAUGCUGUGUAACAAUGGGUGCUUUGUGAGAGGAGGACUGGCCGUCGCAGGAGUGGGGGGCCUCUGCAGCGCUGAGCAGAGCCACUUCAUUAGUCAAGGCUCUCCCUCCUCCCUCCGUUCUCUCUCUCCUCCUUCUGUCAUUCUCUCGCUCGCUGUCGACAUAACACACUCUGAAGUCUGGAACCAGCCAGUAGGAGCCUGUGUGGUUUGUGUUGCGCUUUCUGUUUUCCGGUCAGAAGCAGGGUGGAGACGGGUUUUUCCGACUAUCUGGGGGUUCUACGCAGCUCUUUUCGUACAUGACUACUGUCUUCCUCCUGUCCUAAGGAUGAAAAGGUGAAUCUCCUCUGAUUGCAGCGAUGGCAGUGCAGGCUGGCAUACAGGUGUGGUUCAGGGAGAAGUUUGACACGCCCCUGCAGUAUCCUCGCAGCCCUUUGACGCUGCGCCAUGGGCCGGGCUUGGCCGAUGUCUUCCAGUAUGACCAGUGGCUGGCCGUGCGCCAUGAAGCCACACUGGUACCCAUGCAAGAGGACCUGGCCAUCUGGCUCACCGGGAUGCUGGGAGAGGAGGUGAGAGCGGAGAGCUUCAUGGCGGAUCUGAACAAUGGGGUGAAGCUGUGUCAGCUAAUCGGAGCUCUGCAGAGCAGGAUCUCUCAGAGCGGGGCAUUGGAUAUGGGCAAGUUGUUUCCCAUGAAGAAGGUGACAUGCAAGUGCAAUGCCUCUCCAGGGUCCUUUUUCGCCCGCGACAACACUGCCAACUUCCUGGGCUGGUGUCGCCGCAUAGGCGUGGAGGAGACGUACCUGUUUGAAUCAGAGGGCCUAGUUCUGCACAAGGAUCCCAGGCAGGUGUGUCUGUGUCUGCUAGAAAUCGGCCGCAUCGUCUCCAAGUAUGGUGUGGAGCCUCCGGUGCUGGUGAAACUGGAGAAGGAGAUUGAGCUGGAGGAGACCCUGCUGAAGACGACAGAACCUGCUCCUGCAGUCAAAACAUUCACUGUGUGCUGCCAGCAUGGGGGCCUCUACCAGCCUGGGGAGCAACAUCUGACGGACGAGCCUCCGUGUAACUGCUCCCAGAGAGUAUCUAUUGAAUACCUGUCAGAGGGCCGUUACAGACUUGGAGACAAGACCCUCUUCAUCCGGAUGCUGCAUGGGAAGCAUGUGAUGGUACGUGUGGGGGGUGGCUGGGACACCCUAAGGGGUUUCCUGCUCAAGUACGACCCCGGCCGGGUGCUCCAGUUCACAACUCUGGAGCAGAAGAUCCUGGCAUACCAGAAGGGGCCACCGGGCUACGGCUCUGCAGCAGCGGCCCCUCUACCUGACAUGGACCCUCUUGCUGCAGUCAACCUCAUCCCCUCGUCUUCCUCCUCGUCUUCCUCUGGUUCGGCCUCCAAAGCUACCUGCACCCCCGUCUCGACCCCAACUCUGCCCAGGAAAGCAGCCGCAGCACCCAAAAAGAUCCUGCAGAUGCCCCUUCCCUCCCCCAAGAAGCCCACCCAGAAGCCCUUGCCAAUCCCCAAAAAGGUGGCUGCUGUGUCACCCACCCUGUCUUCGCAGCAGGGCCCAAGCCCUUCACUUCACAGUGGCAAGAGCCAGCAGACGGCACCACUGCUACAUUACUCUUCUGCCCCCAAGCUGAAGCUCAGGCCGUCCCCUUGCGGCGCCCUCUCCCAGCCCCGUAGCCCUGUGUGCCCCGAGCCCGCCUGUAAAUGUCCUAAACCCUCCUCCACUCCAUCCACCCACACCUCCAUCACAGUGCCUCGCGCCGCCACAGCCCCAUCGAGGGUCCACUUCCAGAAAGAUGGCCGACCCCCAACCGGCGCCACCCAACGCCGCCUGUCUCAGAGGCGGCCCACCUCCCCAGGCUCACGCCUUCGUCUGGAUGUUGCAAGACUGGUCCGUCCAACCCCCCGGGUGGCUGUGCCAACACCCAGGCCUGCAACGGCCCAACCCACCAGGGCACUAACCCCUACCUCCAGGACUGCCACAACAGCCCUGCCCAAAUCCAACAUCGCACCCCCCAAGAGCAAAGACACAACAGCCAAAAGCCAGGCCCAAACCAGGGCCAUCCCCAAAGUGGUUGUGCCUCCAUGUGGUGGCACCCCUGGGUGGGUACCAGGGGCCCCUAGUGGCUCUUCCGCUGUUGGCAAGACCAACCAGAGAACGGUACCAACUGCACAGAGGGCAGGACGGAGGCAAGCGCCUAACACCAACACCCCCUCUCUCAAACCGGAGCCCACCAAAACGGCCCCCCGAAAAACCAGCCCCAACAUCAAAGCCCUCCCCUCCCAAAAGAACACUGCUCUCACGAAGAAGACCCAACUCAAGAACAAAAGCGAGGACCCUUAUUUUGAAAUGAACGGCAGAAGGCAUCAGAAGACGUGAGACGUAGUGUGCAACUUUCAAAACGCCAUUUGCAUUCUACCAUUUUUAUGUUUAUGUUUCUGUUGGUUAGAUUUUUUUUCUUACUUUGUCUCCUUUUAUUGUCCUGUUGUCAAAAGCUCAUGCUUCAAUAGCAUUUUACAAGAAGUCAAUUUUUAUACGGUCUUUGAAUGGGUUGAGAAGUGAGUGAUACUGAUUUUAUCUGAGGUCAGCUCAAUUCAGUCUUUAGCCUAACAGAAACACUCAAUGGAAGUGUUGUCAACCAACAUCCCUUCAACAGCCUUUUGUUUCUUAUCCUUUUUCCAUCAUUUGAGUGUUUUUGAAAGCUUUCUAACAUCUAUUCGUGUGUCUUGAGGUUCCCUACAGAGUGCUCUAUCUUUGUUCAUCUGAUCUGAUACAUAUUUUUUCUCUGCAUAUAAAAGUUUGACUUUUAAACAUUGACAUUUUCUUUUCAGAAAGGGUCAUUUCUGUGCAAAGCAGAGCUAAGUAAGGCAGCACACUUUGAACAUUUGCUUUUUGAGUUUUCAAUAUUCAUUACAAGCAGGUUACUGUAACCAAAGUUUCACAUGUUUGACAGAAAAUAUAACUGGACUGAAUGUUUGUCCUCUGUGUGGAUAAGCAUUUCAUUGAUGGAGGUAUGAUUGAAUAUAGACGUUUGUUUCUCUUUGUCACAGACUGGAUGAUGAAUGUGGUAUUUUCCAUUUUAGAGGUCAAAUUAAGCUCUGUUGGAAUGUUUCUCGUGUGCCUUUAGAAGUGACUGUUGUUGCUGAGUGGCUUUAGAAUGUACUAGAAACUAGGGUUUUAAUAUUUGUUUUUACAAAUGAGAAUUGCACAAAGUACAAGCACUCAGACUGAGUUUUUUAUUAUUAUUACAUGGUCAAAUCUCAUGAAUUACUACUGAUAAUAAUAUGCCUCUAACACAUCCUUUGAACACAUAGUAGACAACAAAGGGACAAGCGAAGCCCAUUUUACAGAGGGGGAAGUUAACGUGAGGUAGAUUUUAAUUUGUUUAUUUUCAUUGAUCAUGUUUUUACUUUUCUACGUGAGCUUCAUGUCUAAGUUACUUUAUCUGUUUUCUUGGUCAGCACUUUAUUAAAACCUCUUGGUGUGUUUGUCAAUUUGGAUGUUGAUUCUGUUGAUUUGUGUUGUCUGAUCUACCUUUGUUACAUUGUCCAAUAAAAGGCCAAAUGUUGCCAGACUUCCUGCAAAA